GCGGCCGUUGAAGGACCGUUGGGGCGGGAGGUGGCGGCGGCGGCGCGCGCUGCGGGCAGUGAGUGUGGAGGCGCGGACGCGCGGCGGAGCUCGAGCUGCUGCAGCUGCUGCCGCCGCCGGAGGAACCUUGAUCCCCGCGCUCCGGACACCCCGGCCUCGCCAUGGCUGACCAGCUGACCGAGGAACAGAUCGCAGAGUUCAAGGAGGCCUUCUCCCUCUUCGACAAGGACGGAGACGGCACUAUCACCACUAAGGAGUUGGGGACGGUGAUGAGGUCCCUGGGACAGAACCCCACCGAAGCCGAGCUGCAGGACAUGAUCAACGAGGUGGACGCGGAUGGGAACGGGACCAUUGACUUCCCGGAGUUCCUGACCAUGAUGGCCAGAAAGAUGAAGGACACAGACAGCGAGGAGGAGAUCCGAGAGGCUUUCCGCGUCUUUGACAAGGACGGCAAUGGCUACAUCAGCGCUGCCGAGCUCCGUCACGUAAUGACGAACCUGGGCGAGAAGCUGACCGACGAGGAGGUGGACGAGAUGAUCAGAGAGGCCGACAUCGACGGGGACGGUCAGGUCAACUAUGAAGAGUUUGUACAGAUGAUGACGGCCAAGUGAAGGCCCCUGGGCAGCUGGUGAUGCCCACUCUCGUGAUCUCUCUCUUCUCGCGCGCGCGCUCUCUUCAACACUCCCCCGCGUUCCCCGGUUCUAGCAAACACCAGUCGAUUGACUGAGAAUCUGAUAAAGCAACAAAAGAUUUGUCCCAA